GACGUGUGCAUCUCCGGUGGCUGCCUGCGUUCAUUUGCUCCCUUCCAUCUGCAGCAUGAAGCGUGACCUCAAGAAGAAACUCGUACUUUUCUCAUUCAUGUUGUACUUGACUCUUAACGUGCAAUCAACGCAUGAAGUGAAUGGCACAUUGGAAGAAAGCAUCACUGUUAACUUCACUUUUCAAGAUUCUGUUAGAAACUCCAAACCUAGUCUGUACAAAAAUGGGGAAAAGAUAGGAACUUGGAUAGAAAUCAACCUUUGCAAAGAAAAGUUUGCCCUGAGUGAUGUGGAAAACAGGACUGUCACACUACACAUCACAAAUCUCACACUGGAAGAUGAAGGGACAUAUCAUGUCGCAGUGCUUCCAGAUGGUGUUAACUCUCUUUUUGAGAGCAAUACAAUUUAUAUUAAAGUCAAAUUAGAAACUGAAAAAGAAACGGAAGCUGUGCAUGAAAGCAUAGUGACUGAUUCACCUAAACUGGAGUCAUCGGAACAAAAGCCAUUCUUCAUUUUCUUCAGUGCGUUAGUUAUUAUAUGUAUAUGUCUCUUUGUGGGGAUAUUGUGCUGGCUUUUUAGGACCUAUCCAAGAAAACCAGAUGCAGAAAACCCUCCAGUUCACAACAACACAACACAACAGCAGGGGCAGUGUGGGACAUCCGGGGCUGUGUUUGUCAGCUGUGUGGAGUAUGGAGAGUUAGACUUUCAAAACAGACCUGAAAGAGAUGACAAAGUAAAACCUGCCGAGGCGACAUCAAAGGCCCAGGACGGAGUGGAAUAUGCUGCCAUCAUUUUCCCUCAGCAAAAACAGCCACCGAGUGGGCGGAUGAGAAAUAAACAGCAAGUACCUGCCAUUAAGUGAUAGUCAGCCUCAUUAAACCAUAUUGUCCACUAAAGUUAGUCUGUUUUAAUAUAUGCUCAUGUAUACCUAAUAUACUAUUUGGGAGUUUUAUUGAGAGUGAGUUGAAAUCCUAAACCGUUUAAGACUGUUAUAUGAUCAUUAUUAUAUAAUUAUAUGAUCACAAACUGCCACAUAAGUCAUCUUCUCACUGUUAACGAGUUCACAAUGAUACUGUAAACGUGCCACAGAGUUUAACACUGAGUCAUAGAGAGGUGCUAACCACAGAA